CUUUUUUUUUCUUUUAGUCAAGGUCAGUGAAGUUGUGGCACCCUCCAUCUGGCAGAACACACUUCAUUCUACACAUUUAAGCUCAGUUCGACUUUUGACUCCCUUGACAGUUACAUCUCGUAAGGUCUCGCCCAAGCAGCAUGGAAGACUCUUCAGACCCAUCUACUUGGGUGUCCUCAUCAAUAUUGGGCUCAGAUCCUCUAGCAGCCUUUUCCUCUGAGUCUAGUCUUCUGCCACCAGGCGAAGACGCAGAUGCGUUCUUCUCCAGCCAGGACACGGACUACACUAACCUGUCCACCUUCUUCUCCAACUCGAAUCAGAGUCGAACACCAUCCACCUACAGGAACAGCUCAAUCCGCCAGGUGUUCACCUCCCCGAGUCUCCUCAGCAACCUCCAGUUGCUGGACGGGCCCACCAAUCACUCCCUGGGCUCACCGUACAAUCCUCCAGACACCACCUGGACCAGCAGCCCUUUGACCAAAACUACACUCCCGACCUCUCUGUACACGGGGGUAUCCUCAAUUCUCACUCCUUCCAGGGAUGGAUACUCUUCUCCUAAUAGGGAGACCAGGGAAAGUCCUCAGCCACAGGAAGCCCUCAAGGCUGAGCGCAUGAGCCCAUUAGGAGGGUCGACGUCCUGCAGCGGUUUUCUAAAUCUGACCCCUGCUGUCGGAAGCAUGUACACACAGACGUCUCACUCGCAUACACAUAUGCUGAGCCCUUACAACCCAUACUUAACAGGCACGCAGGAGUACACACCAGUCAACUACUACAACAGCCCCAGUGCCUGGAUAAACCCCACGUACUCCCCAAAACUUCGCAACAAAAUGAGAAUAUCCACGCCAGAGGCCAGAGAAUGUGUUAACUGUGGAGCUACAGCAACCCCUCUGUGGCGCCGCGACGGCACGGGCCACUACUUGUGUAACGCCUGUGGACUGUACCAUAAGAUGAAUGGCCAGAACAGACCCCUGAUCCGACCCAAGAAGAGAUUGAUUGUCAGCAAACGUGCUGGCACACAGUGUGCUAACUGUCACACCAGCACGACAACACUGUGGAGGCGCAAUGCAAAUGGCGAACCUGUGUGCAACGCUUGUGGACUCUACUUUAAACUGCACAAUGUCAACCGACCCCUCACUAUGAAAAAAGAUGGCAUUCAAACUCGCAACAGGAAAGUGUCCAACAAGAACAAGAAGAGUAAGAAGGCAGCCAUGCUGGAUCCGUUUGCAGAGGUCGCUCAGCCGCAUUCACUGGAGGAUGGCGGGCCCUUCGCUCUCGGCCCUGCCACUCUUCUGACUUACAGCCACACACCCCACCUCAUUCCGGGUCCAUCGCCUCUGCACAGCUCUGCUCCCUUACCGUACUCGCACCACUGCAACCCGGGCAUGGUGCCCACUUUAGUGUGAAUGAGGGUGGGGACCGGGUGGCUCAUGAUGUAAAUAUAAGCAAAUGUGACUUAACUGUCUUUUGUAUUAUUCACGGUGUGAAAUUAUUUGGAUGUGAUGUCUGUUUACUAAAUUUACCAUGCAAUGUAAGUAAAAGGCAAAUAAACAAAAUGUGUGAAUUUUGUGUUCUGGGACAAUGUCUAUCUAGUCAACCAAUCAUCCAUGUAUUUCUGGUCAUGUGGGUUCAGUUGAGAUUCAAGUGCAUUUAAACUAGAUCAAGUGAAU